AUGGAUCCCUUAUCGUCCCUCGGGGUGGCGGGCAACGUUAUCCAAUUUGUUGAUUUUAGCAUCAGGCUGGUAUCAAAAUUCAAUCAGAUCUACCGCUCCGCGGACGGAGCACUCCAGGAAAACAGCGAGCUUAGCGAGAUUGCGACGCGGCUGAAAUCCAUCGCCGGUCCUCUGAAAGAAAGAGCACGCGGUGCAGAUCCUGAACUCCGAAAGAUUGCUCAGCGCUGCUGCGAUGCUUCUAAUGAACUAUUGGAAGUCCUGGAAGGCCUGCGAAACCAGGCAAACCAGCAUCGCAAGCUAAGCGCCGUACGGAUCACACUUAAAAGUGUAAUGAAAGAGGGAGUGAUCAGAGACUUGGACAGCAAACUUCAGCGACUCCAGCAACAACUGAAUACGAGCCUAUUAGCACUCCUACACGGCUCAAAUGGUCUGUUGACGAUGCAGAUAGCAGAAAUCAUCGAUGCGAACCAGAAGUUUCGGCUAGAGACGAGAGUGACGCUUGACGAAUUGAUACGCAGACUGGAAAAGUUCCAAAAGCUUGGCCACAGGGUCAUCUAUCUGCCCGAGAUCGGACAACAGAUUGGCGCACUCACUGAAGAAUCGAAGUUGGCUGAUAAGCGGCGGCGCAUUCUUCAAAGUCUGCGGUACAACAUCAUGUACGACCGCUUCGAAGAUGUCGUUGAGGCAUACGAGAGCACCUUCCAGUGGGUGCUCAAUGAUCCGGACCUUGGAUUUUCCGACUGGCUGAAAUCCCCAUCUGCACGGACUUUUUGGAUCACUGGCAAGCCCGGUAGCGGAAAGUCGACGUUGAUGAAAUAUAUUCAUCAACAUCCCAAGACACGAGAAUCUCUUCGAGAAUGGGCUGGCUCCGACCGGCUGGUGAUUGUCAACCACUUCUUCUGGGUAUCCGGGGAUCCGCUCCAACGACGUCAGAUUGGGCUACUGCGGUCAUUGCUGUUCCAAAUCCUUCGCGAGUGUCCGCACCUAGUUGCGCGCGUGUGUGAGUCGCGUUGGAACAAGGACAAGCUGACUUGGGACGAACCCUGGAACUUGCGAGCCUUGUCGUUAUGCUUUCAGCGCCUAGCAAAUGAGGAGACCUUGGAUGCAAAGAUAUGUCUUUUCAUCGAUGGACUGGAUGAGUAUGAUGGAGAUCACCGAGAGCUGAUCCGUCUGCUGAGGAACCUGAUCACAUCAUCAGAAUCCCAACCUUUCAAGCUCUGCGUGUCUAGUCGGCCUUGGAACGUGUUUGAAGCUGAAUAUGGGGGACUCGAAGACAAGCUCAAUGUGCACGAACUCACCUCGGAAGACAUACUUCUAUACGUCUACCGCAACCUACGCGAGGAUCAAUAUCUCAACGAGAUGUUCACUGCGGAAGAUGACCAAUGCUUGGAUAUCAUCUACAUGAUCACCAAAAAGGCACAAGGCGUAUUUCUUUGGGUCUACUACGUUGUCCGUUUGUUACUCCAAACGGCCGUCGAUUACCCGACUAUGUCUGAUCUCAUCAAAAUGGUGGAUGGCUAUCCCGAUGAGCUGGACCAACUCUUCGAACGGAUUUUGGCCGGCAUACCUAAGGUUUACCAUCGAGAUACCGCUCAAAUGAUCAAGAUCUGCUUGGCGAGCACAUUCCCUCCUCUUCUAGUCUUUCUUAGCUUUACAGAGAGGGGAAUAGAAAACGAGGACUAUGCUCUACAACAGAAGAUAGCCGAGCUCACCAACGACGAUCUCAAAAACAUCCAAAGGUUCAAGCAACGGCUCAAGGGAAGAUGCAUGGACUUUGUAGAUGUUCACUGCAAUCUUUCAAUCCAAAAGUUCAACGUCCCAAACUUAUACCUCUAUCAGGUCGAUUUCUUCCACCGAACGGGCGAGCCUUGUGUUCUUCAAGACUCUACCACCAUCAGCAUUUGUGGGGGGCAAUGA